GAAAAAGGAGAACGGAGAAGCUAGAAUUUCUCAUCCACGACAACGAAUCCAUGGCCCCAGAUCUACGACUUCAACAUCCAUAAUGACAAGAAGGCCGCCAAGCGCAGCACUUUUCUCGGCCAAUCCCAGGAAACACUUUCACCAAAUUGGAUGUGGCUGAACUUGUUUACUUCCCGCUCGAGAAACGAAGCGUGUCUUCUCAAAUCUGAGUCUUCUCUUUUCUGGGUGUUCAAAAUUUCCAGAGCCUUCCCACCUUCUUCAUUGUCUCCAAAAUCUCCAGAGCCCUCCCACCUCCCAUGGAGUUUGAUUUCUCUUAAUGAUUGAUCAUCUUCCUUGUUAUAAGGAUCCAAGACCCUUGCUUCCCCUUUUUAUUAAUUUAUAAUUUUUUUGGCAAAACCUAAUACCAACAAAAAGCUUUCCAUUUCUUGAAAUUCCUACGUCAAAAAUGGAAAUUAAAUUCUGGGUUCUUCAGAAGUUGUUCAAUCUUAAAAACCCAUAUCAGAAUUCUCUCCAUUUUCCAUCUUCGAUUUCCUAAUUUCUUUUAUUUAUUUUUUGAAAUUUGAACCACGUCAGUAUCGAUAACCUCAUCACGGCAGCCAUUUCUCUAUUGAGAGAAGCGAUCGUGGUGAUGGUUGGCAAUCGGGUCUCCAUGCUCUCCGAUCUCCUUUUUCAGCAUCUCCUUCUCCUCUUGGGCGAUUGGGUCGAUUGCGAUGUCGCGACGGCGAUUGGGUCUGCACUCCGUUCUCCUUCUUCAGCGCUUUGUGCAUCACGUGUUUGGCAAAAAUAUCAAACAAAUGGUUUCCUCGAGAUUUCUAUCCUGCCUCUAUCCGAUUCUGCUUCUCAUGAUUAAUCAAGCCCUUGGUCAAGUUCCAGAUUUUCUACACCACUUCUGUGUAAAUGAGAAUGGAAACUACACCACCAAUAUUACCUAUCAGACAAACCUCAACCGCCUUCUCUCCUCCCUGCCCUCCGAAGAAAACAGCAACGGGUACGGUUUUUACAAUGCAUCCUAUAGUCAAAACUCGUCGAACGAACAAAUUUAUGCAAUCGGACUUUGUAGGGCAGAUGUCAUGGCGGAAGAUUGCCGCACCUGCCUAAAUAACUCCCGAUAUGCUCUGCCUCAGCGUUGCCCUAAUCAGAAGGAAGCAAUUGGUUGGCACGACGAAUGCAUGCUACGCUACUCAAACCGCUUCUUCUAUGGCGUUAUGGAAACUAGUCCUUCUUUCUAUGUGCAGAAUCCUAAUAAAAUAUCGUCGUCGGGCCUGGAUGGAUUCAACCAAGAGCUGAGGAAGGUAGUGGACAGGAUAAGAAGUGAGGCUGCAGCUGGUGGUUCUCUUCGGAAGUUUGCAUUCGGAAACGCAAGUGUCCCAACUUCCAAAACAGUGUAUGCACUAGCGCAGUGCACGCCGGACAUAUCCAAGCAAGCGUGCAGUGAUUGCUUAAGUGGAGCUUUUGUGGAUAUCCACCAAUGUUGUGAAGGGACAGAAGGUGGGAGAGUUUUUAGUCCCAGCUGUAACCUUAGAUUCGAGGUUUUCAGCUUCAUUGACCCUACAACUUUUACACCAUUGACAUCGCCGCCAGGCCCUCCACCAGUGCCACUAUCAAUGCCACCAUCAGUAUCUUCUCUUCCACCAUCAAACAAUACCACAAAUACUUCACAAGGAUCGAAGAGCAACAAAUCUCAGACUGUCAUCAUUAUUUUCGUGCCAAUUAUUGCUUCUUUGUUACUAGUUAUGUUAAUGUGCUUUUGUCUAAGAGUACGGAAGGCAAGUAAAAAGCUUCAAAGUAGUUUAGUUCCAGGAGAAGACGCGGACGAAAUGGGAAGGGCAGAAUCCUUGCAAUUCAAUUUUGACACCAUUAGAGUUGCCACAGAUGACUUUUCUGAAGCCAAUAAACUAGGACAAGGAGGAUUUGGUUCUGUUUAUAAGGGUAGGUUAUUGAAUGGAGAAGAAAUAGCAGUGAAAAGGCUUUCCGUAAAUUCUGGACAAGGAGAUUUGGAGUUUAAAAAUGAGGUCUUGUUAGUGGCAAAGCUUCAACACCGGAACUUAGUUAGGCUCUUGGGUUUCUGCUUGGAAGGAAUUGAAAGGCUUCUUAUUUAUGAGUUUGUCCCUAAUGCAAGUCUCGACCACAUCAUAUUUGACUCAAUCAAGCGCGCACAAUUGGAUUGGAAUAGGCGCCAUAGAAUCAUUGUAGGCAUUUCUCGAGGACUUAUUUACCUUCAUGAGGAAUCUCGGCUUAGAAUUAUUCAUCGUGAUCUCAAAGCUAGUAAUAUAUUGAUAGAUGAAGAAAUGAACCCCAAAAUAUCAGAUUUUGGCAUGGCAAAGUUGUUCGAGCUUGAUCAAACACAAGGCAACACCAGUCGAAUUGGGGGGACCUAUGGAUAUAUGGCUCCAGAAUAUGUACUGCAUGGGCACUUUUCUGUUAAGUCAGAUGUUUAUAGUUUUGGUGUCUUAGUUUUGGAGAUAGUAAGCGGUCAAAAAAAUAAUUGCUUUCGUCAUGGACAAAAUGUGGAGGAUCUUCUAAGCUAUGCAUGGAUAUGUUGGAGGGAAGGGACAACUUCAAAUCUAAUUGAUCCCACAUUGACGAAUGGUUCAAGAAAUGAAAUAGUGAGAUGCAUCCACAUUGGGUUACUGUGUGUGCAAGAAAAUAUAGCUGAUAGGCCAACCAUGAAUGCUAUUGUUCUAAUGCUUAAUAGUUACUCAGUCACACUUCCGGUACCCCCACAACCAGCAUUUUUCAGGGAUAGCAACAUUGGAUCUGACGUGUCUUGGGAUGGAGGAAUAGUUCAGAUGAUGACAACCGGGUCGGAUCGAUCCAAGAACAGCUCUGUCAAAGCACCAAAAAAUGAGGUUUCAUUGAUCACCGAAGUAUAUCCUAGAUAGUUCUUUGGAAACUCUUUUUUGUUUUUUUUUUGUUUUUUUGUUUUUUUGUUUUUUUGUUUUUUUGUUAUGAUGUGUAAUUUAGCAUUUACUAGAAAGUGAUGCCCAAGCGUUGCUGCAGGUUAGAAAUUGUAUGGAUAAAUCUAGUAUCAUCAGCAGUCUCUAACUUUCCAGCAGUAAUACAUGUGAACUAAUAAACGUAUCUCUAAGUUUCCAAA